UCAAUGGAUCCCCAACAGCGAAUACUUCUUCAAGUUGUCUUUGAAGCGAUUGAAGACGCCGGUAUACCGCUUGAGGACUUACAACAAUGUCGAACUGGCGUUUAUGUCGGAUCUAUGUGCGCGGAAUAUAGUGUACUUGUUUUUGAUCCUUCGAAUAUUAGAAAGAUUGAUCAGUUCUCGUCAACUGGCUGCUCUAUGUCAGUUAUAGCCAACCGGAUCUCUUUUUCGCUCAACCUAACUGGCCCUAGCAUCGCGUUGGAUACAGUUUGUUCCUCAUCUUUGGUUGCUUUGCACAUUGCAUUUCAACACUUACAAACUGGCGAGUGUGACGCGGCCAUAAUUUGCGCCCCUAAUAUAAUUCUUAUUGGAAACCAAUUUCACACGGCAUGCUGCAGAACUGGGCUGCUGGCCCAAGAUGGUCGUUGCAAAUGUUUUGAUAUCAAAGGUGACGGCUAUGGGAGAGGUGAAGGUGUAGCUGCGAUCGUGAUAAAACCAACCCAAACAGCCUUAGAGGAUAGAGAUAUUUAUGCAGAGGUCGUGGCUUGCGGAACAAAUAAUGAUGGCCAAACCGCCAUUCCAAUGACAGCCCCUAGUGAGGUAGCACAAGCCACUCUUUUUAGGAGAGUUCUUCAAGAAUCACAUCUGACCAAGGACGAUAUAACGUACGUGGAAGCACAUGGCACCGGUACAGCCGUUGGAGAUGUCGUCGAAAUAGGAUCACUUUCAACAGUCUAUGGCAAUAGUGGUAAACGAUUACUUCGUGUAGGAUCAGUGAAAUCAAACGUAAACCAUACGGAGUCAACAGCAGGUUUAGCUGGACUAAUCAAGACAUGUCUGAUGAUAAAACAUGCUCAUUUGUUCCUACUAUUAAUAUUCAACAAGUUAAACCACAGCUCAUUGUCUCAGAGAAAAAUGGUUGUUCAAGUUUCCAAUGAGCCUUGGAAAACCGAGGGUGAUAAGCCGAGAACCGCCGCGGUAUCUUCGUAUGGAUUCGGUGGUGCAAAUGCUCAUGCAAUCAUUAGGGAAGUAACAGCGAGGCCAACAACUAUAAUCCCAAGCAGAAUUCAUCCAACAGAGUUCUAA